AUGCAUAGAAUGGCAAAACGACUUCCGAAACAGAAAUUCUCUUGCAUCCUCUUACUCUCUGUACUCGUCUGCUUCUGUCAUAUUUCACCACUAUCCAAAGGAGAGAAUCUGAUUGAUAACACACCACUGUUGAUGGCGCUUAGAGACUCAUUUAUCGAUAAACGAGAAGCCAUUUCUAGUUGGUUCAGCUCCAAGACUUCUUCUCCAUGCAAUUGGACUGGAAUACAAUGUGAAGGUCUAUUAGUGAACCAAAUUGACUUGUCAUUCACAAAAUCACCUCUGAAUCUUCCAUUUCCUCGUAUUAUUACUCAGUUCACGUCCCUUAAGCUCCUUAAUCUCAGCAAAUGUGGCUUUACUGGUGAGAUUUUUCCGAACCUCUGGGAUUUGGAGAAUUUGGAGGUCCUUGAUCUUAGUGAAAACAAAUUAUCAGGAACACUACCUGACAGUAUAGGUAAUCUGAAGUGCAUUAAACAACUUAUUCUCGACGAAAACAAUUUUUCAGGCAGGUUACCUUCUACAAUCGGUCGACUUACAGAGCUUCGCGAACUCUCUCUACAUUCGAACUCAUUUUCCAAAAAUCUCCCAGAAGAAAUUGGAUUCUUAAAUCAAAUGCAGUCAGUAGACAUAAGUAACAACAUCUUCUCCGGAACUCUCCCAGCAAGUUUCGGCAAUCUCACGAGGCUCUUAUUCUUCACUGCUCGACAGAACAGAUUUACUGGUCCUCUGUUACCUGGCAUUAGAAAACUGAGGAAGCUUCAAAUUCUAGACCUUUCUUUCAAUUCCUUUUCCGGAACAACUAUACCGUCCGCGAUGGGAGAAUUGAAAGGUCUCAGGGUACUUAAUCUCCAAAGCUCCGGAUUUUCCGGAAGUGUUCCGGAAGAAAUCUCGAAGUUGAGGAGCUUGACUUAUCUGAACUUGGCACAUAAUGAUUUUAAUGGAGAACUGCCUUCGAGUAUCGGGAGAUUAGUUAAUCUUGUUUACCUCAUUGCUUCAAACUCCGGGCUAGAAGGACAAAUACCCUCUGAGUUAGGCAGCUGCCUGAAGCUCAAAACUAUUGAUUUGUCUUUCAAUUCAUUUAGCGGCCCAUUACCCGACAGCCUGGCACGGUUAGUUUCGAUAAACUCGAUCAACCUCAACACAAACCGUUUUUCUGGUCCUUUUCCUGCAUGGAUUUCAAACUGGAAGCAAGUUCAAUCUCUGAUUAUCUCACAGAACUUGUUCAGUGGGCCCUUGUCACCACUUAACCUCCCUUCACUGUCGCUUUUGGAUGCAAGUGCUAACAUGCUGUCAGGCGAGCUUCCUGCUGACAUAUGCAACGCCACGUCACUAAACACUCUUUUGUUGUCCCACAACAACUUUUCCGGCACUAUUGCGAAUGCUUUCAAGGACUGUCUGAACCUCGUGGACUUAAUCCUGUCUGAAAAUAAUAUCUCUGGAGAAAUACCAAGCUACUUCGGAAAACUUCAGCUAAUAAACUUGGAAUUAUCGAAGAACAGACUCUCUGGCGUGAUUCCAGAUCAGCUCUGGGAGUCAAAAACGCUUUUGGCAAUCUCAUUGGAUGAUAAUUUGCUCCAAGGCACAUUAUCAGAUGAAGUUGCGAAAAUCUCGACGCUCGAGAGGUUGAAACUGGACAAUAAUUUAUUCAGAGGAAGCAUUCCAGCUGGCAUUGGAAAGCUCAAGAAUCUUACUAAUCUGUCCCUGCAUGGGAAUAAGCUAUCUGGAUACAUACCGUUUGAGCUUUUCGAGUGCAAAAAGCUCGUUUCUGUGGAUUUGGGCGCAAAUGAACUCGUGGGCAAAAUCCCAAAAUCGAUAUCUGAAUGGAAAUUGCUCGACAACUUAGUUCUCUCGAAUAACAAACUUUCUGGUCCAUUACCUGAGGAGAUAUGCUCUGGUUUUCAGAUAGUUCCUUUGCCGGACUCUGAGUAUGUCCAGCAUUAUGGGUUGCUUGAUUUGUCUUAUAAUGAACUUGAGGGCCCAAUUCCUCAUGCAAUCGGGCAUUGCUUUGUCGUGAAAGAAAUUCGUUUGCAGGGAAAUAAGCUUAACGGGAGCAUUCCUGACGAGUUAGCAUCACUCCCGAAUUUAACCUUGAUCAACCUUUCGUUCAACUUUUUAUCAGGUCCGGUUUUUCCUCGGCUAUUCUCGAUGAUGAACCUUCAAGGACUAAUACUCUCGCAUAAUCGGUUAGAAGGCUUAAUUCCUGAUAAAAGCUGGUCAAGAGUAUCGAGUCUAGCCAAACUUGACCUGUCGAGUAACUGCUUCACAGGUCCACUGCCACCUUCUCUAUUUAGCUUCAAAAGUAUGACAUAUUUGGAUGUCAGCAAGAAUUCCCUUUCGGGCAAUAUAAACAUCGACGACAUCAACUGCACGAGUACACUCUUGGUUCUGAACGCGAGCAACAACGAGUUAAACGGCAUAAUCGAUGACUCUAUCUCGAAUCUUGCAUCUCUAUCCGUUUUAGACCUUCACAACAACAUGCUCAACGGACGCGUACCAGAAUCGCUCUCCAGCCUUGCUGACUUGACUUAUCUCGAUAUAUCGGCAAACGAUUUUCGCGACACCUUUCCCUGCAACAUAUGUUCAAUACAAGGCCUCAUGUUUGCCAAUUUCUCUGCAAACAGCUUCACUGGUGGUGGUCAUGAAAAUUGUUUGUCGAGAAAUGCUUCGCCGUGUACUAUAAACCCCACAUUUCUUCCCAAGAGGCAUAUCUCCAUGUCUAGUUUUAUUCUAACCCGCGCUUCACUCUUUGGCAUUGCAUUCGGCAGCAUAGCUGUUUUUGUCGUUCUACUGAUUAGUCUCGUCCGAAAAUGCAACAACACUCAAAACCAAGACGUUUUAUCUAAGCAGGUUACGACUUCAAGUGAGCCGACAUCCCGUGAGGGCCUUCUGGGAAAGAAAAAAACAAAGGAGCCCCCGAGCAUAAAUAUCGCGACUUUCGAGCACUCUCUGUUGAGGUUAAAACCGUCCGAUAUCUCGUCAGCCACCGAAAAUUUCAGCAAGAGCUACAUAAUCGGGGACGGCGGUUUCGGCACAGUGUACAAAGCUUCUUUACCAAACGGACAUAUAUUAGCCGUGAAAAGGCUCAACGGCGGCCACUUGCACGGCGAACGCGAAUUUCUCGCCGAAAUGGAAACUAUCGGCAAAGUCAAGCACAAAAACUUGGUCCCACUUCUCGGCUACUGCGCGUUUUCGGACGAGAGGCUCUUGAUUUACGAGUACAUGGAAAACGGGAGCCUCGACUUCUGGUUGACAGGCAUGGACGAAUUUACAUGUGUCGGGUGUCUCGACUGGCCGACACGUUUCAAGAUCUGUCUUGGGUCGGCCCGCGGGCUCGCCUUUCUGCACCACGGUUUUUUCCCUCACAUAAUCCACAGAGACAUCAAAUCGAGCAAUAUACUCCUCGACACAAAUUUCGAUGCGCGCGUGUCGGAUUUCGGGCUUGCGCGUAUAAUAAGCGCUUGUGAGAGCCAUGUGUCGACUUUUCUUGCAGGGACUUUCGGUUAUAUACCGCCGGAGUACGGGCAAACAAUGGUGGCCACGACUAAAGGGGAUGUGUAUAGUUUUGGGGUUGUGAUGCUGGAGUUAGUGACUGGGAGAGCUGCGGUUGGGCAGGCUGACGUGGAAGGAGGGAAUUUAGUCGGGUGGGUUAGGUGGAUGGUUGAGAAUGGGAGGGAGGAUAAAAUUGUCGACCCGUGUUUUUCGGAGUUAGUUUUGUGGAAGGAACAGAUUUCGCGCGUGCUUUCGAUUGCGAGGUCGUGCACGAGUGACGAGGCGCGGAGGAGGCCGGCCAUGUCUGAGGUUGUUAGGCAGUUGAAGGAGGCAGAGGUUGUGAUGAGGUAA